AUGGCAGCAGCGGCCAAGAAGCUCAUCGUCUGUGGAGGCAACGGCUUCUUGGGGUCCCGAAUCUGCAAACAUGCUGUAGCUAGAGGUUGGGAUGUGACAUCAGUCAGUCGCUCCGGAGAGCCCCGUUGGGAUUCCGUCACAUCAAGCGCCACGCCCCCUCCUUGGGCCCAUAAGGUCUCAUGGGAGCGAGCCAACAUCCUCGAACCUUCAACGUAUGCGCCGUUGCUCAAGGGCUCCGACUAUGUCGUUCACAGCAUGGGGAUCCUCUUGGAGGCGGAUUACAAGGGCGUCAUAUCCGGCCGAGAAUCCCCCAUCUCAGGGCUUCAAAAAGCUUUUGCCUCGGCACGAGAUCGAGGAGUCGAUCCCAUACAUAGCCAGCCCGGCGAGACCAUCAAACCGCCUAACCCCAAGGACCAGAUGUCCUACGAAGUCAUGAACCGUGAUAGCGCCAUCUCACUUGCCAAGCAUGCUGCCGCCGAGAACGCCAGCGCCUUCUGCUUCAUCUCAGCCGCAGCUGGAGCACCGGUCCUACCUCAUAGGUACAUCUCCACCAAGAGAGAGGCCGAGAGCUCCAUUACCACCAACUUUCCUCAAAUGCGCGGUGUCUUUAUGCGGCCGCCCUUCAUGUACGAUAGCUCACGCAAGAUCACAAUGGGUCUCGCUGCAGCAACCGGUGCUGGUGCCUUAUUCAAUACCUUGACAGGAAACGUCCUCAAGGGCUUCAUGGGCGCGGCUGGAACCAAACCACUUCAGGUUGAUACAGUUGCCGAGGCCGUAGUCGAAGCGCUUGCGGAUGAGACAACAAAGGGCCCCGUGGAGCCUGAGCAGAUUGAGGAGCUUGCGUCAAAGGGUUGGAGGAAGUCAAUGCUGUAA